UGUGUGUGUGUGCAGCAUGUGGGUGGCAGGUUGUGUGUUUUACAGCGUUCUGACAGGAGGAAACUUCUCAGUUGAACAAACACAGUGUUUCUAAAAACUGGAUGCAGGACGAUCUGGUCGACGUCGCCCAUUCCUUCCCUAGUUUUUUGCGGCCUCCAUCUUGGUUUUAUAGAUCCGGAUGUGGCCGUAUGUGCACGACAGGAUGGAGCUGGGCUCGCGCUCAGGAGGCCACAGGUGAAGAUGAUGAUGCGCUCCGGCGCGGGUUGACAUGGCAACACAACGGACAGGUCUUCAGCAUCCUGAGCCGCGGAGCUCAGUACCGACCCUCCACCAGGAGGAGGGUCGGGCUGCCGCACCGCAGGAGCCCCGUGGUGGUCCUCAGGAGAGGGAACGACACAGUCCCAGCUGAGUCCCGGAGCUCCUCGAGGGUCCCUGCCGAGUCCCGGAGCCCCCCGAGGGUCCCUGCCGAGUCCCGGAGCCCCCCGAGGGUCCCUGCCGCCAGCAGCACCGCGCAGCUGCGCGCCAUGACGCGCCAGCAGCAGCAGCAGGUGUCCGGUAGUGAUGGAGGCUCUGCCCCGGCCAGACGUGAGGACAUGAUGGUGGGAGACGACCCUUACAACCCCUACAAGGCCUCCAACUAUUACCCCUACUAUAACUACUACAACUCAUACUACAGACCCAGACCCAGGGGGCAGCACCGGCACGGGUACGGGACCAGCUACCACCAGAACGGUCUCCCUGAUCUGGUUCCUGAUCCGUAUUACAUCCAGGUCGCCUCCUACGUCCAGAGGAUGCCUAUGUACAACCUCCGCUGUGCUGCUGAGGAGAACUGCCUCGCCUCUUCAUCUGCUUACUCUCAGGACUACGACACCCGGGUUCUGUUGAGGUUUCCUCAGAGGGUGAAGAACCAGGGAACAGCCGACUUCCUGCCCAGUAAACCUCGAUACUCCUGGGAGUGGCACAGCUGUCAUAAUCACUUCCACAGCAUGGACGAGUUCAGCUUGUACGAGCUGCUGGACGCCAGCACUCAGCAGCAGGUCGCUGAGGGCCACAAGGCCAGCUUCUGCCUGGAGGACACUUCCUGUGACCCGGGAUACCACCGCCGCUUCGCCUGCACCUCACACACUCAGGGUUUGAGUCCAGGUUGUUACGACACUUACAGCGCCGACAUCGACUGUCAGUGGAUCGACAUCACCGACGUCUCUCCUGGGAAAUACAUCCUGAAGGUGACAGUAAACCCCCGGCAGCAGGUUCCAGAGUCCAACUAUAACAACAACGUGGUCCGCUGUGAAGUCCAGUACACCGGCACGGCCGCCCACGUGUCAGGAUGCACCACGACAUCCUACUGAGAUCGACUUCACAACACGAACGUGGAGACAGACGACGCUUCAGGGGAACGAAACUUUAAGUUAGAAGUGACUGAAAUGAGUCAGUUUGGGUAAAAAGAAGUGGGACACAUUAAGGGAGUGAAUAUUAAUUUAUGUUUUAGGCUCUGGGUUUGGUUGCACCAGCUUUUUGUAAUUCCAUCAUUUAAUAAUAAUAAUAAAACUUUAUUUAUAAAGUACAUUUAAAAACAAAUGUUUACAAAGUGCUUCAACAAACAAAGUAUGGUUGGAAUAACAAAGUAAAAAAGAAUACAUGUGAAUGAAAUGAAGAAUGAAGAGG